UACACUUGAAGAUGAACAUUGAUGGUCCCAAUCCGACAAAUGAAGCGGCCCCACAAUAAAUAAAUCAAAAAUUCGGAGUAGCACAACCCGACAACAUAACAAUUCGUCCCUACAAAUUAUAUAAAUUAGGUUUGGUGUUGGGAGAGGAUCUUGCCUGUACAGCCAUCAGCUCCUCCUCAACAUAAUGGUGACAUGUUACUUCCAUAUGCUAGGCGUUGGACGCGUGGAAUUGAUAGGGAUACUGUGUCACAUCAUGUUCUUAUCCCGAUUAGAGACCAGUUAGACCGCAUGACGGAGGAUCAGUUUCGAUGGACACCGUACAAUGAAAUUUUACAUACACUGCCUCAUUGUUGUAUGGUCGAUGAGCCUCUAUGGAUGGCAUGUGUCCCUAUGUUUUGCCUAGAGAUUGUUGAAGUGCACUCGCCUGAUAAAGUAAUGCGUCAGUUUGGUCAUUCCCAGCAUGUACCUGUGAUUCCUAGUUGGGGAACCAACCACCACGUGCAUGAUCAGCAUAGGAGGCUUGGACCAGAGGUUUUUGAAAUGAUGGAUAAAUAUUUUCGUGAUUGGGGUAAUCGACAUCAGAGUUUAGCUGUUGAGGUAAAUGAUGGUACUAGCGGGGCAGGGUAUAGAUUAUGGUACAUGCGGCAUGGAAGAUUGCUUAUAGGUAGGCCUGCAUUAGAGGUUGACGUAUCGUCAGGCUUUGUUCAUUCUGCUGGUACUAGUAUUGCAAUGUCCAGAGGACUAUUUAAGUUGUAUAGUCUUGCAUUACAGUGGCAGAGAGACACAACCUCAGCUUCACAUGGUGAAGAGGUAUCUCAGAUUGUUAAAGAUACAUUGCUUGAGGCCGGAAUACAAUUUAGAGAGCCAUUUUUUGAGGGAGAUCCUUUAUUUGAACUUGUGCGUGCAAGAGGACCAAGACGUGGACGGAUGGGGCAUAGAGGUAGCGCUCGAGGACGCGCUCGAGGACGUGGCGCUGGUGGUAUACCUAUUCCUCCAGACAUAGAGGCAGAGGUGAUAGUAGAGGCUGAUGAUUUGCAUGUUCAUCAGUUUGGCACGUCAGAUAUCAUGAAUUUAUUACAUAUGUCAUUUGAUCCUUAUUCAAGAUCGACUCGAGAUGUGGAAGGAAUCGGACAUAUGAACUAUGAAUCAACAAUAGAUGUUGGAGAUUAUAUACCUGAUAUCGCGGGCACAUCAGGUACUGUCCGUUGUGACACCGAAGAUACUACCAUUUAUAACACUCAAGAUUUUAUUGAAGGAUUGUUUGAUGAUCCAAUUGAGUCGCAGGUUCGUGUUAUUUAUCUAUUUAAUACAGUAGUUAUUAACACUUUGAUUUUAUAUUAA